AUGUUGUCGAGAAUGUCCGUUCAAGACGGUAGUACGCUGGUGAAACUACGGAAACAGGUGCGGAAACGGUGUGCUGGGGGGUACAAACGGUAUAACGGACUUCUGGGAUUGUUGAAGCGUAGGAGACAUGAGGAAGAAUACGAAGGUGAAGCUGUGGAGGUCGUGACUAAAGCUCCCAUGGAGUAUUUGGAACACUCGGAUUCGUUUUGUGAUGGCGGGACUUUGGUUUGCAGUUCAAGAUCUAGUACUUAUGGUUCAACACUGACAUUAUUGGAGGAUGAAUGUGCGGAAACCUCUGAUGUGAAGUUGGAGGUUGUUGAGGAGGUUGACGUAAAGGUUGUGGUGAGAGAGUUUCAUCAAGCGCAGGCGAAUGAGCUUGGUCGGGAGCGUCAUUUACAUUAUUACCAGUUGCCAUUUCCUUGGCGUGAGAAUCGAUUUAUUAUUCACGGUUAUCGGUUUUAUGAUUCACAUUACAAGUCCCUGUUGUCGAUAGUGAACUGGUAUGGGUGGCAUAAUGAGACUGCUAAUAUAUGGACCCACCUAGGUGGGGCUUUAUAUGUGUUGUGGUUGGCAGUCUAUGAUUUUCCCAGAACGAGUGUGUGGGAGUCUGAACAGGUGCCAAUGGUAGCCAAGUGUAUUGUGUAUGUUUUUUUGGCUGCUGCAUUGAAAUGUAUGCUUGCUUCGGUUUUUGGUCAUACUUUUAAUGGUACUUGCUGCCUGGCUUUGAGGUCAAAGUUUGCCUGUGUGGAUUACUCGGGGAUUACAAUGUUGAUUACAGCUUCUAUUCUGACUACAGAGUUUGUUACAAUGUAUAACUACCCUUGGUCCUUACGGUUUUACUUGGCUGUGUCAACGGUGUUAGGUAUCUUCGGCGUAAUAAUGAAUUGGUCCCCCAAGUUCGAUCGGCCAGAGGCUCGUCCGCUCAGAAUUAAGUUCUUCAUACUGCUAGCGGCCAUGGGUGGAUUAUCUUUCAUGCAAUUGGGUUUGUUAGGCGGCUGGAAAUACGCUUCAUGGCUCAUGGCACCCGUGACACAUAAAUCACUGGUUUGGUACCUUUUAGGAGUGGCAUUCUACGGCUCCUUCGUACCAGAGAGGUUUAGGACAGACAUCGUGGUCGACAAGAGGAUUCCAACAGAACAAGAACUUUCAACGAGCCUCGAAGUGGUAACCAGACACAAACAUGUACAUUUUAGACCUGAACCAACAGCCGGAGCUCGCACGGACUUAUGGUCCCUAUGGUGGGUCGACUAUGUUGGGUGCUCACAUAGUUGGUGGCACUUAUUCGUAGUUUUGGGAGUCGUGGGUCACUACCACGCCAUCAUCGAUAUGUUCGCCAAUCGUUGGGGAAUAUAG